GAGUUUCCUUAUAUACACCUGAUGUGUAUAAGCAGUUUCUUCAGAGAAAAAUUCUACUAUGAAAUUUCAACCUACAAUCUUGCGAGAUAUAUAAGGAAAAUUAUUAAAAAUUACUGAAAAAUAGGGAAAGAAAAGAACCUUCCUUUUUGGUUUUAUUUCUCUAUAUGAAAGAUGAGAUUUUGUUGUGCAGAGAGGACCGAAUUUCAUAUUUCUUUCAUCUUUUCCAAUGGAAAAUCACCUCCCUCAUACAAGAUUCCUUACUUUUAAUUCCUCGCACUUCAUAAAAUUUUCUCUUCGAAAGUAAUCGGUUAAUCUUGUGUGAUGCAGGCCAAGGUUUUAUCCAUCAACAUCAGUUGCUGUGAAAGAUGCCCCAACCUUCUCAAGAAAAAAAUUCUGAAAAUGCCUGGGGUGGACUCAGUUGCAAUAGAUACAGAAGCCAACCUUGUAUACGUCGCUGGCGAAAUCGACGACGCGACGUUGUUGACCAACGUAGCGAAGCUAGGCAAACCAGUUCAACUUUUAUCAACUGACAAGCAACCCAGGAACCAUGCUGAUAAGAAGAAACACAGCCACCACAGAAAUGAAGGCAGAGACCGCGAAUUCCAAAAAGAAAAAGAACACAAGAAUUCUUGCUGCUGCAGAGACCAACGCCACAACAGCCAGAAAAGGGUUGAAGAAAAAGAAGAGCACAGAUGCGAGGCCUAUGUUCCCCCCGCAAUUGAUCCCAAAGUAUGCAGAGAUUUCUUUUGCAAAACCCACCCAAAAGGCCGCCUGAUUGUUGAUCGGGUGCCACCAGAGAGUUCCGCCGCAUUCUUUGGCAUGGGCGAUUUGCCGUUCCACGGCCCCCCUUAUGGUGGAGGCUCUUACCAGCACCCGGGGGCACAUGGAGGGUACCCAGGAGCGCAUGGUGGGUGGUACGGGCAACAGCCGCCCCAGUUUGGCUAUGGUCGGCCUCCGCCAAGGAGGAUCCCACAACAUCCAUUCAUUUUUCGAGGAUCCCACACCUAGUUCACUAGCUCUUUCAGCUCCUUAGAUUCUUCAGAUUCUAAUUUGAUGUCAAGAUUUCAGGAUUCCAGAUUAAAAUCAAAGCAUAUUUACCUGUAGUCUGGAUCCUUUGUUUUGCAGCAGUUUCCCAUUUGAUGCUUUAUUUCUUCAAGUGCAAUAAAACACCACUCAUGAAAC